UUGGAUCCGCAGUUUCGGAGUGGCGAGCUCGCGUUCGUCAGUGAUUCGCAAACCGUUGGUGAACGCGUUCAACCCGUCCCGUCGCGCGUCGCGUAUAGAUUAUACAUAUUCGCGUCGAAGCUGUCCCAAAGUCCGCGUCCUGAGUUCCGAACAAUCCGUCGAGAAGUAGAGAAGCUCAGACUCGGCUUAAGGGCAGCUAGUAAACGAUCUGGGAAUGGCUUUCAACGGCGAUGGACCGCACUCGAAGAGGCAACGUCUCGAGGAGUCGGGGCACAGGAAUCACGAGUACGGAGGUUACGGAGAUGAGCCACGAAGAAAGAGGGAGGACAAUAACAAGCCCAACCACGUCCUGCUGUUCACAGUAAUCAACCCCGUCUAUCCAAUUACGGUGGAAGUUCUUCACACAAUAAGCGUACCGAGCGGUCAAGUACAGAGAAUCGUUAUAUUCAAGAAAAAUGGCGUACAAGCGAUGGUGGAGUUUGAUUCUGUCGAGUCAGCAACACGAGCGAAGGACACCCUCCAUGGCGCCGACAUCUACUCAGGUUGCUGCACCCUGAAGAUCGAUUACGCCAAGCCUACCAAACUGAACGUGUACAAGAACGACGCCGAGAGCUGGGACUACACAACACCGACGUUAGGCACCAGCGCCCACAAAAACGACACGGCGGGCAAUGGAAGGCCUGCGCCUCUACUGGCAGAGCCUAGAUAUGGUGCAGCACCGCAGCCAUAUGGUUCCACGCCGCAAGUCGCAUUCCCACCUGGGGCCACCCAUGAUCGUUAUGAAGAGGGUUUCAAUGGCCCUGCAACGUAUCCUGAACCAUACGUAGAACGAUAUGGGCUUAAGAAUGAUUUUGGUGGUCGAGAACCACUUCACCCGACUCCACCUCGUCCAGGAUACGUACCAACACUUGGACAGACGCCGCCAUCCACCACACAAGGCUCCGUCAUGAUGGUUUACGGACUUCAACCUGAUAAAGUGAAUACAGACAAGCUAUUCAACUUGUUCUGUCUUUACGGGAACGUUACAAAGGUGAAAUUUCUGAAAACUAAAGAAGGCUGUGCGAUGAUUCAAAUGGGCGAUAGUAUAGCUGUUGAAAGGUGUCUACAGAAUUUAAACAAUGUUACAAUCGGUGCUGAGGGCAAACUGCAGCUUGGUUUUUCAAAACAGGCAUUUCUCUCCGAUGUCACAAAUCCUUACAGCCUGCCUGACAAAACGGCCAGCUUCAAAGAUUUUACAGGGAGCAAGAAUAACAGAUUCUUAAACCCGGCAAUGGCAAAUAAAAAUAGGAUACAGCCACCAUCGAAAAUAGUUCAUUUCUUCAAUACACCUCCGGAUCUCACUGAGGAGACGGUAAAUCGCGUAUUUAUGGAACGUGGCAUAGAAACGCCAACUACAGUUAAACUGUUCCCACUAAAGUCCGAACGUUCUUCAUCCGGACUUAUCGAAUUCAGCAGUGUUGGAGUAGCGGUAGCAGCAAUCAUGGAGUGCAACCAUACAGCACUUGAAAACAGCAAUGGAAAAUUUCCGUACAUCAUGAAGCUCUGCUUCUCAUCAUCGCGCACCAUACCAACCAACUUUCCACCAAGCAGUAGCGGAGUAGCGAGUAAUUCAUCUGGGAAUGGGCACAUCAAAAUGCAGCAGGAUUCCGAAUAGAACGGAGAAACCCAGGGCCAGUGUCAGCGCCAGCGCCAGCGCCCCUCUAUUGCCCUGCAUCCUAUAUGCGCCGCUCCCAUGCCGGCUCUGCAUCCCGCAACGAUUGCUCUUUCUCCGGUUCCUACCCCUCUGCCACCCGCAUGCCUUCUUAUCGCUGCGCCUGCCCUGUACCCUGCUGUCCCUCCACCUCCUCCUCCCCCACUUCCGGCAUUUUGGCCAUACUGAAACCAGGUUCAUUAGUUGGUUAACGGGUGGAAAGAAAGUUGGCGGUAGAUUGGGGAAGUGAUGAUCUGCGAUGACAAGACUUUUGGGCGUGUGGAAGAAUUUGAUAUUUAGUCGAUGUUUAAACAAUUGACUUUUGGCAUAACUGUUGUGUGUAACAGUGCAUUGAGAUAAGCAUUAUACCUAGAUGCUUUAGAAUUUAUUCCAAAGGAUUACAUAUCUUAUAUUUAGGACUAUCGGCGGAACCCUUGCUUGUAAUUCGCUGCAUCGAUCCAGGGAAGGUGUAGAAAAUUAGAAUAAUAUUAAUUUAGCCACAUAUCAAACGGGGACGUAACGACGGGAAAUAUUUAUUGAAAUUCAUCUGUCGCAGAUCAAACGAGAGACACGACACUUCCUUCUUUCCGUUCACCUGUAAUGAAAAUUUGGUGAAUAACGUCUUAUACAUGGCAGUGAUGUUGAAAGGAAUUGAUUCUUUGCGCUGGUUUAACCUUAUGUAAGAUAAAACUAAUCUGCUUUUAUGUUACAUAUUGAUAAUGUUCCCAUCAUUUAUGAAGCAAUUUUUCACAUCUCUAAAUGAGAUAACUUCGUAAAUGUGAAAUCACGGUAAUUGUCGAGUAACGGUUAUCAACAACUUAGGGACCUUUUUUUUUUUUGGGGGGGGUUUUCAAUUAAUUUUUGUAAAUUUUGGAACAAAUGGGUGUGGAUUUUCCUAAAGCAACUGUUGCAUGAAAAUACAAAAAACUUUUUCAAUAAAGAAAAAUGUGUUAUUGCAUGAAAUAUCGACAUUUUUCAACUAUGUCUCCAAAUAUUGGAGAAACCUCACCAAGCUUCAAACAAAUCUCAAGUGUCGAGAUGUGAAAGUUUGUCAAUGCCAGUGGAAGAAUUCGUUUGGAAAUAAAAAUCUUUUGCAUGGAUUUUAUAUCAUGGGACCUGAUAAAUAAUAAAAACAAAAGUAUAUAUAUCCGUCUAUGAAGGAGAUUAAUCGGGUUUGUCCGUUAUUAUUAGAUUCCUUUGAUAUAGCUUGGAACCGUUGUAUCAGUGCUCUCUAUGAUGCAAAAAGAUUGGGGAUUAGACGCGUUAGUAAUGAAAACGAAAGUUUUUUUUUUUAAAUUAAACAUUAAACAAGACUGCUGUUUAUAAGAAUGUCAAGUUGACCAGAAUCUCGCCACGACAUUGUUCCUAAGAAACGAAAACAAUCCCUCAGCUGUAGUGUUCAAGUUGCGAGGACUAGACUUGUUGCCGAAAACCUUGAUGAAAAAAAAGUGAGUAACCUGAAUCCCCUCUCAAUCGCACGAUCGGAUUGAAGAGUGUGAAUUGAAAUUCCAUAUAUAUAUCUAUAUCUAUAUAUACUUGUAUAUAAUAGAUUGGCAUACAUAAAUACAUAGGGUGCAACUAUACAUACUAUGUGUAGAUGUGUGCCUUCCGGGAGAAAAAUCAAGGGGACAAAAAAUAAUAAGACAAAUACUGAUGUGGAAAACACAAUGCUGUAGUGUCUCCCAGUAAUAUUUUGACAGACUGUGGGACGUUUUUAUAAAAAAAAAAAAGAAAUACACACACACAAACACAUAAAAUAAUAAUAAUAAUUUAAAAACACAAAAAAAAAAGAAAUUUUUUUAGAAAAGGUGUUUCUAAAACUUCGAAGCGAACCAAAUGACUAUACUGAUAUAAAUAUACAAUCUUGACUCGGCCAUACGUAUCGUAAGGAAAAGGGAUAAUUAUUAUUAUACCCUUUUAACGCGUGAAGAAUAUCCGCAAUUUUGUCCAUUGAUCGUGAGUGAACUAACAAAUGAAGUAUAAUUUAAUUAAGUAAAAAAAAAAGAAAGGAAAUAACAGAAGUUUAUAUUCGAGGCAAUAUUUGUUACAAUACAACUAGAGAGUAAGUUGUACAUCGUUUAGGAUCCGACCCAAUGAAGCUUAAAAGGAUCCCAUAAUGAUUGCUGAAAGCAACAUACUAUAUGACACAUGUGUAAAUUACACAUUCGUAUGUAUACACUAUAUAUACAAUACACUACGUAUUGUAUAUAAAGGACUAUGAAUUCAAUAAGGACACUUCUUUUCUUUUCAUCACACGACGAUGUAUAUUGAUGCGAACUAUGUGAAAUUAGGUGGAUGUGAGAUUUGUGCGAAAUAGUAGCCUAAUAACGAUUAAUGGUCAUCUAUCGGUGCAUGAUAUUUAAGAAUUGUUUGAAAAUUGUUUCAAUUCCUGUUUACGAAAUAUUAUAUGAUGCAUAAAUGUAUUUUGCUGGUUCACCCCUCCCUUCUUCCCGGUUUAAACUUAAAAAAUAUAUUUUAAUCUUCUUCGGAAGUAACUUUACCCUAUAGUUAUUUGUUUUUUCUGUUUUAAAUUAUCAAUAUUAUUAAUAAUAUUGACCAUUUCACGUCACAUUCUCACGUUAUUAUCGCAUAAGUAGGUUUCCUUUAUUUUAUUGCCUAAUUCGAAGUUUAAGUUUCUAUGAGAAGACUAACAUAUGUCAUUUAUUGUCGUUGAAUAGUCGUAUGUUUUUUUUUUUUUUUUUUUCAUAUAGUGAUCACGUUUUUAAGACAUAUAAGGGUAGUCUAUAAGCGAUUAGAAAGCGUAAGCAUAUCAUAAAAAAAUUUUGUAGAUAUAUAUAUGUAUGUGAUGCGAAAAUAAAAAAUGAAAACUAGGCUUCAAUUCAGGGAUGUGAUAACGGGCGAUUUAACUUGAUGCUUUUUUGUUGGUCCUCCGCUAAAUGAAAUAAAUUUUAAUGAAUUAGGAAAACAGAAAAUGCAAUACCCCACGUUUUCAUCCUACAUUUCUCUGUAUACCGACGUUAUCACUUUCCUAGAGGAUAUCAUGAAUUUCCUAAUUGGAAGCCUAAUUUAAUGUGAUGUACAUUAGGCAUUCGGUUAUAACGAGAUGCUUAUACUAGAAAAAAAAUUUAAUAAAAAAACAAACUAAAACUACACAUA